AUGGUGCCCAGGAGCCCCAGUGCAUCUCAGCUGCUGGCUGAGGCUGUGACCUUGAGCAGGGUCUGGAGGUCAGAGAGUCCUCGGUUCAAAGCCAGUGAACCAGAUGUGACCUUGAGCCCUGGGUCUGCAGCGGUGGUGUGUGCAGGGCGAGCUGUCUGCAGUAGCAUCUUCUGCCUGGUGACCAUCCUGUUCCUGGGAGAGCUGAGGGGCUCAGGGUGGGGGAGCAGGACCACCCUCCAUAGUGGACCCACCAACAGGGAGCGCACUGCCGACGCCAUUCCCAGCGGGAUGAGGGGUGGGGGGACGGACAGAUACCCAGAGGAUCCUGCCACCAAGAGUGUGGACAGGUCACUUCUUCACAGGCUCCACUUGACUGUGGUCAUCACCCUGGGGCAGUACAGCCUGGUGAUCAAGAGCACAGACUCUGCAGACAUGUGUUCAAAUCCUGGCUCGCCCAGCCCUGCCUGGAUGCCUCGGACAAGGGUUUUCAUCUCCCUGAGCCUCCUUGCACCCCCUUGGCUGGCAUACGUGGCGUGCACGGUUAUCUGGGUCUUAGCUUUCUUCUUGAGUUCCCCAUCCCUCGUCUUCCGGGACACGGCCAACCAGCAUGGGAGAAUAACCUGCUUCAACAACUUCAGCCUGUCAGCGGCCAGCUCUUCCCUGCAGUCUGCUCAUGUCCUAUCGGACCAUGUAGGAUACACCCGGCACAUGGCGGUGACCAUCACUCGCUUCCUCUGUGGCUUCCUGGUCCCCAUCCUCAUCAUUACAGCCUGUUACCUCACCAUCGUCUGCAAGCUGCAGCGCAACCGCCUGGCCAAGACCAAGAAACCCUUCAAAAUCAUUGUCACCAUCAUCAUCACCUUCUUCCUCUGCUGGUGCCCCUACCAUACGCUCUAUCUCCUGGAGCUCUACCACACGGCCAUGCCUGGCUCCAUCUUCAGCUUGGGUUUGCCCCUGGCCACCGCCAUUGCCAUCGCCAACAGCUGCAUGAACCCCAUUCUGUACGUCUUCAUGGGUCAGGACUUCAAGAAGUUCAAGGUGGCCCUCUUCUCCCGCUUGGUCAAUGCUCUGAGUGAGGACACAGGCCACUCCUCCUACCCCAGCCACAGGAGCUUUACCAAGAUGUCAUCAGUGAAUGAGCGGUGCUCCAUGCAUGAACGUGAGACCAGCAUGGUUUGAGCCUCACCUGGGAAACCCCCACUGGACACUGCCAACCCAGGAAGGCCCAAAGGUACAUCUUCUGAAGACCAAGGCAAGAACCUCUUCAGCACCCACCAGUGCCCACUGUAUUUUGAGUGGGCACGGACAGUGUUUUGAGCUGGAAAUCCAGGGCUUGGAACCCCUUUCUCCAGGUGGGAUGGUGGACAGAGCAUGCCAUGUUGCUCCCAGCCUUGGACCAGUGACCCAUGCUUGCUGGGGGACCAAGCCUUAACCAAGUCAAAGAAAAAAAGGAAGAAUUCUCAAAACACUGCCAUGAACUGGGAUCAGUAUAAGACAGUGAUGUUAAGUUACCUACCGUGUGCCCCCCAGGGAUGACACCACGUUUUACAAGGCCUAUGCUUGCUGUGAGCAGAAGGGGUUAGGGAAAAUAUGAUGUGAUGCAGAUCUCUUACCCCCAUUAAAAAAAAAAAAAAUAGCUA